AAGUUGAUGAGACUAUUGCAAAAGGUUAUCCGUUAUCUACUGCCCAUCAUCAGCAAUGACUUCAGGCAAUGAACGAGCCGAGGAGGUAUUUCGGAGGAUGCUGAUGCGGGAGGUAGAGGACACAGGGACGGACCUCCCAAACCGCCCUGACACCGCAGAGUCGACACUGGACCUGCUUCGACACAGUUUGGAGGCCGAGCGAGGGCUAGGAGUCAGCGCUCCACACGUGUUUGUCAUCAUGGGAGCGUCGGGUGAUUUAGCCAAGAAGAAAAUCUAUCCUGCCAUCUGGUGGCUUUUCCGAGAUAAGCUGCUACCAGAAAACACAAGCAUUGUUGGCUAUGCGCGGUCAAAACUCGAGGUCAGCGACAUCCGAGAGAAAUGCGACAAAUUCAUGAAGGUGCGCUCUGAAGACCGGGAGCGGUACGAGCAGUUCUGGUCUGUCAAUCAGUACGUAUCGGGCGCGUACGACGACCCUGCGGCGUUCGAUGCGCUCAGUGAGGCCAUCUCGGCGCUGGAAACAGAAGCCACCGGAAAUCGUCUGUUCUACCUGGCGCUCCCGCCGUCCGUGUUUGGUGACGUCACCUGCGGCAUAGCGCGCCACUGUAUGGCCACAAACCCCGGCUGGAGCCGUAUCAUUGUGGAGAAGCCAUUCGGACGCGACGCGGCCAGCUCGGCCCAACUGUCUGCCCACCUCUCGUCUCUGUUUACCGAGUCACAGAUCUACCGGAUCGACCAUUACCUGGGCAAGGAGAUGGUGCAGAACCUGAUGACCCUGAGAUUUGGUAACGUGCUAUUCGAGCCCACGUGGACCCGGAACCACCUGGCCUGCGUCACUAUCACGUUCAAGGAGCCUUUCGGAACCAAGGGACGUGGCGGCUAUUUCGACCAGUUCGGAAUCAUCAGGGAUGUGAUGCAGAACCACCUGCUGCAGAUCCUCUGUCUCGUUGCGAUGGAGAAGCCGUGCUCAACGGCCGCCUCCGAUAUCCGCGACGAAAAGGUCAAAGUGCUCAAGUGCACCCGCCAGCUCGGUCUGGAGGACGUCGUUCUUGGUCAGUACGUGGGUGACCCUCACGGUGACGGCGACGCCAGACAAGGGUACCUGGACGACACGACCGUGCCCAAGGACUCUGUGACGCCUACAUUCGCGGCAGCAGUCCUGCGAAUCGACAACGAACGCUGGGAGGGGGUGCCGUUCAUCCUCCGCUGCGGAAAAGCGCUGAACGAGCGGAAGGCCGAGGUUCGCCUGCAGUACCGCGACGUGGCCGGCGACAUAUUCCGCGGGCAGGUGCACCGGAACGAGCUGGUCAUCCGGCUGCAGCCCGGCGAGGCCGUCUACGUCAAAAUGAUGACCAAGCGGCCCGGCAUGACGUUCGACAUGGAGGAGACCGAGCUGGACCUCACCUACUCUGCACGCUAUAAGGAUCUGAAGCUGCCGGACGCGUACGAGCGCCUACUCUUGGAUGUGUUCUGCGGCGCUCAGAUGCAUUUUGUGCGCUCUGACGAGCUGGAGCACGCCUGGAGGAUAUUUACACCCCUGCUGCACGUCAUAGAUGAACAGAAACCCAAACCAGUGCCGUAUAGGUAUGGUUCCCGCGGACCAGCAGAGGCCGAUGAACUGAGCCGGGGACUCGGAUUCCGCUACACGGGAAGCUACUCGUGGAAAGGCGACGACGCACACCUAUAGUCCACACAGCCGGUAAACAUGGACGCUGCAGCCUGUAGUUUUGACACCCAGUGGGGAUACCCCACGGUUUGCAGGACUUACGUGCCUCUGUUAUUGAGGCAGACACACGAUUAAAGGUAGUGUGCCACCUUUGAAAGAUUUCCCAUUUUAUUUUUCCUAGGAUAAGAAGCUUCUGUUUUUACCUAAUAUCGCAAAAAAAAAUCAAAAAUGGGCCUG